CUGCUAAAGCUUGCGUUGCCUCUCGUUCGCGCGCACGGAUUCACUCGUGAUGCGCUGUCGCGUUCCGUACUCGCACUACCAAACCCUCACACAGAGCCGCUGCGGGACACCGCUGUCUCUGCAUUAUUCGGUGAAGGGGACGACGCAAGGCGCACUCUCAUAAACGCAUGGCUUGAUGAAGGCCGCACUCAGAUGAGAGCGUCGGCGACCGUCUCUGAUAACGCGAUGAAAGAGGUCUUGCGAACGCGACUGCGCUAUAACGAACCAGUUAUAUCACUUCUCCCGGAGGCUUUCGCUGUCCUUGCUUCGCCUCCGGGUCACAUUCUUGACCCACGCCCAGCCUUGAAGCACACUACCUCAAUUGCUGACGACGCUUGCGCUGUAACAGGCGACAAGGCAGUCGGAACUGAGUGGUAUGCUCGCAGAGCAUCGCUCGCUGCGGUGUACGCCGCUGCAGAACUGCAUCAAAUCCAGUCUCCGCAUACGGUGGACGCCUUUCUAGAUGACCUCCUCGCAAGGUCCUCUCAGCUAAAAGGAGCGGUUGACGAUACCGUACAGUUCGCGAGUUACAUUGCGUCGAGCUGGAAAGGCAUUCUCAAAAGUCGAGGGAUCUUCAUCUAG